GCAGGACGAUCAGUUCCCUUCGGCAUGCUGUCGAUGAACGACCCAGCAGGCGCUCUUGCGGGUAUGUUACCUUUCGAUUCGAUCGGACUGUACGAGCAACCCAAACCGCGCUUCAUCUUCAAGAUGCCCCGUGUUGUGCCCGACCAGAAGGCGAAGUUCGAGUCGGAUGAGCUCUUCAGGAGGCUGAGCCGCGAGAGUGAGGUGCGGUACACCGGCUACAGGGAUAGGCCUCUGGACGAGAGAGUGCUCCGCUUCCACAACGCUUGCAGAGAGGGUCACACGGAAAUUGCGUUCGUGGCCACGGGUACCAACCUACAGCUGGUAUUCAACCCCACGGCCAACGGCUACCACCUAAGUACUGCUAGCAGAGAGUGUGACUUCGACAAAGAACAAGGAAAGGUCCACCUGCGUUCCCACUUCAUCAUGAAUGGAGUCUGUGUGCGGUGGCGCGGCUGGAUCGACUUGGAACGUCUCGAUGGAGUUGGCUGCUUGGAGUUUGACGAAGAAAAAGCUAUGAUCGAAGACUCCAUGUUGAGGGAGCAGAUCGAGCGCUACAACAUGCGACUGCGGGAGUUCGAGGAAAAACAGAGGCAAUAUAGAGGACAACAAGAGCGUGGUCCAGAUCCAGAUCUCGAGCUGAGGAUGGCCUCCAGUCUCCAGCAAGGCCCGCACCACCAAGGCGGUCGCUGCCACGGAGGACCUCAGAGAGUCGGCCUCAGUUUGCAAGGAAGAAAGAAGACAGAAAUGACACAUGGACAUCACAACUAGAUCUACAUCUACUGUCAGAUUUGACCAUAGCAACUUGUCUCCUUUCCAUCGAUUGUUUGUACAGAAGACAUAUCAAUGUUCAUGCUCGUUCAUUAAUCAAUGGAAAUUGUUCUAAUUACGGUUUUAUUCAAUGAUAGUUUUUAAGAUCUGUGAGAACCCAUAGCGUAAAACUCACCGAUGCUGUUGAAAUAAACUAGUACUUCCAAAAACUUCUAAACAUUUUAUGAAAGAGACGCCUUUUUACAGAAAUAGCUCAUUGUAAUUGUAAUUUAUAAAAAAUAUAUUGUUGUGUACUACCAACUCAUGAACAUAUUAUUACUCUUUAUCAUUCCACACACAAACUUGAGUAAUAUUUGUUAUUAUUUUUUGGCAAGACUAAAAAUGACUCAAAGAAGAAAGUAAACUAGCCCAUAUGUACAAAAUUCACUUGUCUGCAGAAAGCUGAUUAGAAAUGAUCUAAUACCUUGUCCUUGUGUCAAAAACUUACUGUAAAUAGCAAGUCUUACUUGUUUUAUUUGUUGUGUAUUUAUUGCGAUGUAGAUGUUAAUACCAAAAAGUAUUGUAAUGUAAGUGCUGUGCUGGUUUUUGUUUUUUUGUUAUUAAACCUAUUGAUGGUCAAUUAUUGUUUGAAA